GAGUAAAGUUUGGAGGCAUUGACCCCAAAGCCCCUCCUCCACCCGAGUCCCCCAGGAGCAUUCCAUGGCGGUUGGGCCCUGUCCUGCUGAAUGGAUCGGGGCCAGUUUUUGCUUAGCUCCAGAGCUCAGCAGCCUGCUAAGACACCCCGUUCUUUCCCAGACCUCAGGCCCAUGAUGGAAACUCCUCCAUCUGACAAAAGUAUUCAGAACAAGAAUGACACCCGCAGGCGCCCCGUGAAUCUGCGCCGGAGUUCUGUGUUGCCCUUGCAGUGGAGACUCACACACAGCCCCCGCUGGACAAGGCAGAUACUGGUCUCGGAGCUCAGCCUCGUGGCCUUCGUCCUGCUGCUGGUCAUGGUCUUCUCUGAGAAAUGGCUGCACGCCCCCGGGUGCCGUUUCCAUCAGUACCACCCAGCGAAUGUCAGCCACGGGAUCCACACCUCUAUCCACAUCAUGUCCUUGGGGCUCCUGCACAUCUGCAUAUCUGAGAGCUGUACCGAGUCAGACUAUGGGAAAGAUAGUUCUAAGAUGUGGACAAAUCAGCCCAUGUUUCAGGUGGCCAAGGUUGGCUUUUGCCUGGUCCUGGAGCUGGGGCUCGUCCUCACCAUUUGGUUGCACCUGUGUUAUCUGCCCCGCCUGAAGAAACUGCGUUUGUAUCGCUUGAUUGGGGUCAUCUUGAGCUGUGAAGCCACUUUCAUUUUCACUGCUCUCCUGUUGUUUGCUAUUAACCUCUGGACCUUUGAGCUGAAGAAGAACAUAUCCGUUCCUAUCGGCUGGAGCUAUUUCAUCGGUUGGCUGGUCUUUCUCCUGUAUGUCACUUGCGGGGCCCUUUGCUACUCCAACUACGUGAGCCACCCACUGCCCAGGGGCUUUGGCAGUACGUCCAGGGCAUCAUCGCCAGCUCACUGAGAGAACCUCCGAGUCGCCUUCUACCUCAGGCCGUUAUCCACCUGGACCUAAGCAGAAGGGUCUCUCCACCCAGCGCUGUCCAUUCUUGUAGAUCUCUCUCCUCAUCCUCACCCACAACCUUUGAACAGGCUGCAGCUCACCAGUGAGAACCCAGAAAAGGAGGAUUCGGGGCCGUCUUUGCCUGCCUCUUCCUUGUUUGUACCUUCACCUUGGGCAAUGUGGAAUAAACUGUCCAUCUCUUCUUUGUCA